UCUACCCUCACUUAUUCUCCGUCCAGGCACCGACACGUUAACAAUCUCUCAGAGAACGUUCCAACGAUCAUAUUCCAUCUUUCGAUUUGAACUACUUCUCUAUCCUUUUCACAGUCAUUACAAUGAGUGCCGAAGAAGCAAUUAUUCAAGAAGCUAUGGCAGAGGUCCAAACCGCGGCCAACAAUGACUCUCUCCGAAAGCUAUUGCAUAGUCAUCUCAUCAGGCACUGUACUGCUGAGAAGCUACAAACUUUCCACAAGUCGACCGACAAGUUCAGAAAAUAUCUGGUAUCAAAUCUGGCCAAGAAUAUGACGAUAGAUAUGUUUGAGCAAUUUGGCAGGGAAUUGGCCUCAGAGUUGGAGAAAACGCUCUAGACAUUUUUUGGACUCACGUCAGGCCCAUGGGAUGUGAGGUAAGAUUUUUUCAG